AUGGGCAAAUAUAACCUCACGGCCCUCCGGGUUCGCCAAACCGCUGUGGCACAGAAAGCCGCCGGCAAACUUCCCCAAACGCCCAAAUGGCUUGAUAUAAUGCACGAUGUCCCCCCCACUGAGGUUCUGGUGCGUAACCGACCUCAACAACACCAAUUGGUUCGCCAGCGCCUGAAGACCGUCCCUGGCGCAUCGAGGCCGCAGGCCGUCUUCGAAGUCCAGGAGAAACGCAUCAAGCCGAAGAAGGCAAGCCGCAUGUUCCAGCCUGUCGAAAUCAAGUACGAGGAGGAUCAACUGCGCAAGGAAUUUUUCCGCGACCAUCCCUGGGAGCUUGCCCGACCCCGAGUGCUUGUUGAAAAGUCCGGCAAGGACUUUGAGAGAUAUAACUGGAGCCGGCUCCAGCAGCGAGGAAAGCACCUGGACGGUGAGAGCGUUGUUCAGCGACAGCUUUGGCUCCUCAAUAAUGUCCCCGAUAUGACCAAGAGCGCCGCUUACGAUAUUGCACGCCGCGAAUUCUACCGCCUCCGUCUACAGGAAGACAUUGAACGACGUGUUGCUGCUGAGGAAGCCGAAGCUACUGGUGCUGUAUUCGGACCGACACGUCUAGAGAUCGGUAUGGACCUCGAGAACAAGGAGUAUGAGCGUUGGAAGGAAUGGGCCAAGUUGCAGGCCCAGCUUUCGGACCAGAGGAUGGCUGCGUUCCUCGGAGCCCCGGAAGUCCAAGCUGCUGAGGAGCCAGAGACGAGCUUGGAUGAUGACGCCCCGGAGAAGGUUGCGGCAGCAGCCUGA